UAUUUUCAAAAAGAUCAAUGGUGAUAGCGAGCACCAGUACUACAAUUUAACUAGCCUCCGACGAUUGCAAAAGGAGAAGAAAGCAGUUUCAUCAUUAUCUCUGCUUGAAAAACUGAAGGCAAAAUCAAUGGCUCCGACAAUCAGAACCAUCGGAUCUUACGCUACUCAGCAAAGGUACUCAGUCGAUUUCUUUGGAGAAGAGCUUUUCGUCACCGUAACGCCGGAUCCUUCCGUCAUCGGCCAAUGGAUUCACGACGUCUUCUUCCACAACCGUCUCUCUUCUCACCCUCUCGUCGUUGGAGUCGGCGUUCAGUGGACACCCUCUGGUUACCACCCUGCUUCUCCACCGGUUAGUUAUCGUUCCGAUUCUUCUCCGGACAGUUAUCGCUCCGAUUCUCCACCGGUUUUCUAUAGCUCCGAUCCUCCGGCGGAUACUCUGCAGCUAUGCGUUGGUAAUCGAUGUAUCAUCAUCCAACUCCGUUACUGUGAACGCGUCCCGCAGGUCCUCCGUAAUUUCCUCGCGGAUCGAGAUAACACGUUCGUCGGAAUUUGGAAUAGUCAAGAUGCAGGAAAGCUAGAGAGAUCUAGACAUCAGUUGGAGAUUGCGGAGCUUAUGGAUUUGAGGGAAUUUGUUUCAGAUUCGAGUGGACGGAGAUCGAUGUAUAAUUAUUCGCUUGAGAAGAUUGUUGAGGAAAAUUUAGGUUAUCCAGGAGUGAGGCUAGAUCGAGAGGUAAGCAUGAGCGAUUGGCGCGUUUACAACCUUAGCUACGAUCAGAUUCUUCAGGCGUCGAUAGAUGUUUAUGCGUGUUGCAGCCUUGCUAUUCUAGACCAUCUGUGGGAAGAAAAGAAUCGGUAAACGUUUCAAUUAGAAUCUAAUGUUGCAAAUGUUUGAAUCUUUUCCUUUUUUGGUUUGUUAUUACUUAUUAGAGAAAUAAAUCUUAUCUCGUUUGUUCGUUGUGGACUUGUGAGUGAAAUUUCCCUUCUUUUUUAAAAAACUAGUAGUUUAUUUCUUCCAUGAGUAUUUUGUAAAAUACAAG